AUGUUGUUUCCAAGCUACACACUCUUGGGGGUUUUCUUCCUAUCUGAGUUCUGUGUGGGAGUCAUAGGGAACUCAUUGCUCUUCGUGCUGUAUGUGUACAAAUUCUUAGAAAAAGCUCGCUUUAACAGACCGAUCGAUCCCAUUUUCAUGCACCUGAUGAUAGUCAAUAUGUUGACAAUCAUAUUCGCUAUGAUACCAUAUAUCACAUCAUCCUUUGGAGUGCCCAAUUUUCUGAAUGAUUCUGGCUGUAAGACCUUUGUGUAUGUCUACAGAGUCACCCGUGCUAUGUCCAUCUCUACCACUUCUAUUCUAAGCACAUUCCAAGCCAUCACCAUCAGUCCCAGUAAUUCUAAGUGGGCGUGGUUUAAGCCUAAACUCUCCUUGUGGACUUUUUGCUCCUUCUUGUUUUCCUGGUUCAUCAACAUGGUCAUAUAUGUGCACGUCAUUGAGACCAUAAUAACAAAAAUAAAUUACACUGAUGUUGAAUUUGGAUAUUCUCAUGUUUACUGUAGAAAUCUUCCAGUCCAGUACCCCAAUCCAGGAUUAUUCUUGAGUGUAAUCAUAAAAAGAGACCUGCUCUUUCUGGCCAUCAUGAUAUGGACCAGCCUCUACAUGGUGACCCUCCUCUACAAGCACCGAAAGAGAGUUCAGCAUCUCCGCAACCCAACCCUGCCCUCCCAGUCUUCUUCUGAACACAAAGCCACUCACACAAUCUUGUUGCUUGUGAACUGUUUUGUGUUCUUUUAUUUGUUGAACAACGUUGCCAGUAUUUAUAAGAUUUAUAGACGUGAACGAAUGCCAACUUUGGGGGCAAUUAUUGCAAUUGUGGCAUCAUUUUACCCUACUCUAUGCCCACUUUUACUGAUGAACACUAAUAAAAUUAUUUCACAGUUUAUUCCUUCCUUGCCAAUAUUGAAAAUUACCUGUUUUCAAACAGCAAUUGUUAGGGACCAUUUUAAUUCGCUCAAGUCUCCGAACAGAGCAGCCAGUAUGACAGAGGAAGCCCCUUGGCGCGUGCUCAGCCAGGGUGCCGCUCUCUCUGCCCUGCAGAGGACAGCGAGUGCCCUCGCCACCUGCAACCGCACAAGCCCUGUCUAG